UUUAAGUAUCAAGGAUUUUUUAUCUGAUGCUAAAAAUACAACUGCUGCUCAUUCUCAGGCGUUUAAAGAGGCAUGGAAUGCGUUAUGUGAAGCAAAUGUGAAUGGCACAACAACAUCUCUUGUAAUAAAUGCCAACGAAACAUAUAUCGUACAACCCCAGUUGUUUCAAGGUCCUUGUGCAUCUCGUAAUAUUCAUAUUCAGAUUGAUGGAAAACUUGAAGCGCCAAAGAUGGUAAGGGAGUGGGGAAACUACGAAAGUAAAUGUUGGUUAUGUUUCACAAACGUGAAAGGUCUCGUCCUCAAUGGAUCUGGGAUUCUCCAUCCCCAUGGUGAAGCUUGGUGGUCCUCUAUUGAGCACUCCCACCGACCACGAACAAUAGGAUUUAGUGGAAGUAGUAACAUCUUAUAUAAUGGGCUCACUCAGAUGAAUAGCCCAAAGAAUCACAUUUCUAUUUUAGAUUGCACCAACGUAACUUUAUCAAACUUCCAUCUAAUCGCACCGAAAGAUAGUCCAAAUACUGAUGGCAUCGAUAUUGCUCAUUCAAACAAUAUCCGAAUUUUCAACUCAUCUAUCCAAACCGGUGAUGAUUGUAUUGCGAUUAAUGGUGGUUCGUAUGAUAUCAACAUAACUCAUGUAGCAUGUGGUCCAGGUCAUGGCAUCAGUAUUGGAAGUUUGGGGAGAUAUAGUGUAAACGAUACGGUCCAGAACGUAAAAAUAAGACACUGCAGCUUCAAUGGAACAGAAAAUGGAGCAAGAAUAAAGACUUGGACUGGAGGUCUCGGGGUCGCCAAAAAUAUAUUAUACGAGAAUAUAACAUUAACAGAUACCAAAUAUCCUAUCAUCAUCGAUCAACAUUACUGUAAUGGUGGCCACAAUUGUACAAAAGAGGCGAUGACUGCUGUGAAAGUGAGCAAUGUGACAUUUAGAUACUUUACAGGAACAUGUGCAAAUGAUAUUGCGAUAAAACUAGAUUGUGAUGAAGUAACGGGUUGUAAAGAUAUCGUGAUGGAACACAUCAACAUCACUUCUUCAUCUACGAAAAGGCCUCUAACCGCAUAUUGUCAAUUUGCGGAUAUAAUUAGUCACUUUGUCUCCAUGAAAAUCAAAUGUGAUUAUUAUGAAGAACCUUUAGUACCAGUUGAACCUCCACAACAGGUUGAACCUCCAACGCCGACUAAACCUCUGGCUCCAGCUAAACCUCCACGACACGUUGGACCUCUAAUGCCGACUAAACCUCCAACCAUGUUUCCUAAACCUCUGGCACCAGCUAAAUCUCCACGACACGUUGAACUUCCAAUGCCGACUAAACCUCCAACCAUGUUUCCUAAACCUCUGGCUCCAGCUAAACCUCCACGACACGUUGAACCUCCAAUGCCGACUAAACCUCCAACCAUGUUUCCUAAACCAUUGGCACCAGCUAAACCUCCUGUAUACUAUGCUAAACCUCCAGCGCCGAAUGCUCAACCUUCGAUGUUGUCUUUUCUUUCGUGCCUUAUUUAAAUUUUUAUUGUGAACUUUCUAUCGCAUUUACUAUAUCAAAACUGUGAUGAGAUAGUCACUAGAGAAUUAACGAAGAAAUCUGUUAACCAGAAAG